CUGCCCCAGUGCGGCUGUCGCCCCUGGACAUCCUCCCCCAGUCACCAUGGGAACCGUCUUGUCUUUGUCACCUAGUUACCGAAAGACGGCUCUGUUUGAAGAUGGACUGGCCACAGUGGGCCACUACACGGCCGUCCAGAACAGCAAGAACGCCAAAGACAAGAACCUGAAGCGUCACUCGCUGAUCAAUGUGUUCCCUUGGAAGCGGAUUGUAGCAGUGUCAGCCAAAAAGAAAGGCUCCAAGAAGGUGCAGCCUAACGCCACCUACCAGAACAAUGUCACCCACCUGAACAAUGAAAACCUGAAGAAGUCGCAGUCCUGCGCUAACCUUUCCACCUUCACCCAGGAUCAGAGCACUCCAGCUCUCACUAAGAGCUCUAACAACACAGCAUCAUCCGUCAAGAAGGCACCUUUGACCACCUCCAAUGUGGCCCCAGGGACCCCAAAGAGAGUGAUCGUCCAGGCCUCCACCAGCGAGCUGCUGCGCUGCCUUGGGCAGUUUAUGUGCCGGCGUUGUUUCCGACUCAAACACCUGUCCCCUACUGACCCGGUGCUGUGGAUGCGCAGUGUGGACCGCUCCCUGCUGCUUCAGGGCUGGCAGGACCAGGGAUUCAUCACCCCCGCCAAUGUGGUCUUCGUCUACAUGCUCUGCCGGGAUGUGAUUUCCUCCGAGACGGCUACCGAGCAUGAGCUGCAGGCCGUGCUGCUCACCUGCCUCUACCUGUCCUACUCCUACAUGGGCAACGAAAUCUCCUAUCCCCUCAAGCCCUUCCUGGUGGAGGGCUCCAAGGAAGACUUCUGGGACCGCUGCCUCGCCAUCAUCAACCUGAUGAGCACAAAGAUGCUCCAGAUCAACUCUGACCCGCACUACUUCACCCAGGUGUUUGCUGACCUGAAGAAUGAGAGCCAGAAGGCAGAGGAGAAGAAACGCCAGCUUAUUGGUCUGGAUCGGAGGGUGAGGGCCAUGACCUGGCUGGCUUUCUUCACACAUCACAGAUGAACAGACAUCCUCCCUCGGCUACAAACCCCCGGCUCUUUUGGACCGCCAACACCCACGUCCCCAACAUCCAUGUGGAUAUGAUGGACUGUGUUUGCCUGCAAUGCAUAUUUGGCUCUUUAAGCAGAAAGGACAGCCGCAUUGGAUCCAUAUUUUUGUGGGUUUCCAUGUGUGGACACUUGUAUUUCCUAAGGGGCCAGCUUGUAUUGUAGAACUUUUGAUAUAAAACCAACAACCCCAGGGCAUUUGACCAGUGUUGUGUGUGUUCAGAAAGACAUACUUUAUUUUCAUCUAGAACAAAAAAGUAAUGGGUGAUUUGCUCCCAGGGAGGCGCACUUACUGCUUUUUCGUUGACUUUUUUUGUCUUUUUUUUUUUUACUUAGAAAUCUAAUGUUUUUUGCACGUGUGCCAUGCAAUUUUACAAAGAUUUCUGUGGGAACAGAAGUGAUUAUUGAUUCUCUUCUUUUUACUCGAUUUCUAAACCAACUGCAUCUGCAUUAGAGAAUGCUGUGAACAAAGUGACACUAGUUUAUUUAGCUCUGCUUGCUAAAAUAGGCUCUUUGUUUAUUACCAAGGAUAGUCAUUUCUGUCGUUUUGUCAAAUUCUGUUGGCUUUUGUGCUCUGAGAAAAUGAAAACAAAAAGAAGAAACGGACAAAAAAAUAGUGCCAUAUCUUUGAUGAAAAUCUGAGAACAUUCUGAGAUGUUGGAGUGGAUUUUUAUCUGCUAUUGUUUCUUUUCUGACACCUAAUUUAUUGCCACUGAUGUAUUUAUAUUACGGCACAUUUAAGGGAAACGAUAAAAGACUUUGAAAAGGGAAUGAAGGGGGCGCCGUUACAGGUGUGCUUGACUCUUGGUGGGAAUGAAGAUUGUUGUGGUUUCAGAGAAUGAAUGUCUUGGGCAUUUAUUAACUUAGUAUCAUUAUAACGUCACUGAUCACAAAUCUGACCAUCGCCAAAGCUGCAUGCAGACAUCAGCGACCUUUAACUCGCAGACACGCCCAGGAACAUCUGCAUCAACCACGGCCUGCAUGAGAAGCUCACACAUAUCAGGCAGAGAAAGCACAGACUUUUCAUCACGGGGAUAAAAAAGUCAACGACAGCCGCUCGCCAUCACUGCAGAACAGCAUAGCUUCCUGUGGACCACAGUCACCGACAGCGUGUAGCUUUGACUCAGUGAAUCCACAUUGAUAAAUGUGCAAUUUUGAAAAAAAAAAAAAAAA